AGUUGAGAGUGAAAAUGGGAUUCACCAAGUCAGCUGUUUUGUUUCUCAUUCUUAUCAUCAUCUGCUCGGUUUUCGUGGCCAACGUCUCCAAUCUGAUUAACGCGAGUGGGAAUGUGGCCAGGAGUGGUCCUGAGGAAGGAUAUGCCCGUGAGGCUAGACAGAGUGGCGCCAGGAUAGGGAACAACACGGAUCACUUGAUGUGGUUCUUGCAGAUAUCUGACCUUCACAUUAGCAUGUUCAGAGAUGAGGAGCGCAUUCGAAAUCUGGGCGAUUUCAUGCACCGGACCAUCUCGGCGGUGAAGCCCACAGUGGUGGUUGUGAGCGGGGAUCUAACGGACGCCAGGAGUCUGAAUCACCUGGGCUCCGAGCAGUUUGAGGGCGAAUGGAAGAUUUACAAGAAACUUCUGCAGGAGCACAAUGUGACAUCGAAGACGGCGUGGCUAGAUUUGCGUGGGAAUCAUGACAAUUUCAACGUGGCCGGGAGGAAUUCAUCCAGCAACUUCUUCCACAAGUACUCUGUGCAGGGAAGCGCGCAUUCCAGAUCGUACAUGCAUCAGGUGGAGAAGGCUGGCGACAAGUACACAUUUCUUGCGGUGGAUGCGUGCCUAGAGCCGGGUCCAAAGAGGCCCUACAACUUCAUAGGAAUGCUCACGGCGGACGAAGUGCACAAUAUUGAGCGACUAAUGGAGGAGGCGCGAAGGACGGGCAGCAAAUACACCGUGUGGUUCGGCCACUAUCCCACUUCCUGCAUUCUGACAGCGGGCGCAGGCAUCAGAGAUGUCAUUGGGCGCCACGAGGAGGGACUGGUGUACCUCUGUGGGCAUCUGCACACAAUGGGAGGUAUGGUGAAGCGGAUGUACACGCUCCAGAACGCGGGAUUCUUGGAACUGGAGCUGGGCGACUGGAAGGACAAUCGCCUCUUUAGACUGGCAGCUAUCGAUCAUGGCAUGUUCUCUUUCGUGGAUGUUCAUCACAACGAGUGGCCAAUUGUGUUGGUGACAAAUCCCAAGGAUGCCACAUUCAACAAUCCAUUGCGAGAGGAUAUUCGUCUCCAGGUGGAAUCCACUCACAUCAGACUUCUAGCAUUUAGUGUGGCGCCAAUUGUGGAGUGUCGCAUUCGAGUGGAUUCGGAGCCUUUUGGAGUGUGCGAUAGAGCUGGAGAGGGAGUGUUUGUGGCCAAGUGGGAACCAGUGAGAUACCGAGAUGGCCUGCAUCACGUGGAGGUGCUGGUGAAGGACGCUGAUGGGCGAGAGAAGAGUGUGAGACAGGCUUUCUCACUGGAUGGCACGUCGAUUAGUUUCGCCAUGAAGGCUCGGUUUGUGCUGAUGACGGAAGCCUGUAAUAUUUUCCAGGCAUUCUUCGGCACCACUCUGGUUCUCUGCCUUCUGCCACUGAUCAUCUUCCGUGUGUGGCACAUGGCGGUGGUGCGCGGCAGGGCGAAGCGCCCUCGUAUCCAGUGGAGCUUCGUGAGAUGCUGGGUGAGGCGACUCUGGCUUCUCUCGUCUGUCAACAGACUCUUCUAUCCGCUCCUGGUAUUCUUCAUCUAUCUCCUCGUGGGACCGUGGUCUGUGGCAGAUGUCAUCGAUGGCCACUUCGGGGUGGUCUUCAUGUGGGGCAUCCUCGUGGACGGCGUCCUCCUGCCAGGCUCUCUCACGUACCUCUAUGGCUUCUUUCAAAUCGCCCUCUGCCAACUGCCGCUCACCUAUGUCUACGCCAGCAUCCUCGAUCGGCGCUAUCGCCACACGAUCAGCCCACCGACGCGGCCCAAGGGUCGCUUCAGGAAGUGCUUGCAACACUUGCCCUUCCUCACGAUCAUCACAGUGGAGCUCAUCCUCAUGUACUUCCACUGGGCAUCCUACGGAUUCUUGGCGCUCAUUCUCGGACCACUGCGCACGUGGUCACUGAUCCUGAACUUCACCUUGUGGUAUCAAGCUCAAUACAUGCCUGACAAGUGUCUCCACGCUGGCUCAGCUGUGUGGUCAACGCAGCCCAAGUUGGUGAAGGACGACAAUUGAGUCCGUGCAGAAUAUCUGUGGCACUUCCACCGUUCGUUAGUCUCUUUGUGAUACGGUGAUUUUCAUGUCCAGAAUUUCAGUAAAUAGUGGUUCUGGCACUAAACACCCACAUUUUCCCCACGCAAACAUAAUUGAAUAUUUUCUGAGUGUGGACUUACUUUUGGAGAAGCAAUUUAAUGACACACGAUUUUUGGGAAGUUACUAAAGACAAGCACAAAGUCUGAGAUGGCCUUAAAAUUCUUUUUCAACUUUCUGAGUAUUAUUCUUGAGGUGUUGACUAAGAUAGAGAGAGAGAUGAAAAGAAAUUUGUAAAAUUCCAAGUUAACAAAAUGUCUUUUUAAAAAUUCUUAUAUUGAUUUACACAAACACAGCAGAAGAUAUGUAGAAAUGUAUUUUCUUUUUUCUUGAGGACGUAACAUUUGAAUUGUCCGUGAAAAUUCACUUCUAGUCCUUCUAGUCUAGACUAGAUUACUAUGUUACAAAUGUUUUCUGCAAUAGACAUGAUACUAUUGCAUGUUUUGGGGAUGAAUUUUAUUGUAAAGACUGUAGUUGCAUCUAUAUGUAUGUAUGUAGUUAUUAAAUGAUAAUAUAUUUAACAGUGCAUCAUUGCAUUCUAAUAAUAAAUCACAAGAUGU